AUGUUAGACUACAAUGCACUCAAGGAUAUGGGCCUAGCCUGUCCCUACGGCGGAAUCUUCUACAUCUGCGCUGACGAUCCGGAUCGCUUCAUCGGCUGCUGCACCAUCAACCCCUGCGGCGCCAGAAAAGGUCUCUGUCCCGAUAAGCAUCUCAGAGCAGCUAGCUUCAACCCGACACUUGAGCACGAGUUCCUCCCUCAGGCUUGUAUCAACGAUAACGUCGAUGUUAGUUGGUACACCUGCAUUGGAGGGGGACUUCCUUUCCUUGGUUGCUGUGCCGUGGAUCCUUGUCUCCGUGGUGUUUGCCCUCAAAGAAACCUGAGAGCAGCGAAGUUGAGUGAAAAGGCCAAGAAUGCGCAGGAAUUUCUUGAUGGAGAUCCCGAGUACAUGCCAGAGCCUACGUCGUCUGCCUUAGGUUCAGGGCUAGGUGUUUCUUCAGUCAGUCUGUGUGUCAGCUCGACCACUGCAAUGACGACCAUGAUCUCCAGCUUCAUGACUUCUUUGGCUAUGAAAACAACGGUAGCAUAG